AUGGGGCGGCGGCGGCAGGUCAGCCAGGUGGCUGGGGCCGGGACGAGGACCUUACCCAAGGCCAUCGCUGCACUGAGUCGGACGCUUCCCGCCGGAAUUAGCCCCGAGACUUUCCGUCGUGCCAAGUUCGACCUCCCGGAGGCGGCCCCUGCGCUCUGGCGGCUGCUCUACCACGUGCUCGCGCCGAACCCUGACGAUGAAGCUACCUCCUCUCUGAGCAUCGAGGCUCAGGUCCGCCUGGUGAAGGCUGUGCUGCGUGCCCAGGGCUAUCCUCGGACGGCCCUCUCUCAGCUCCCGGAAGAUGGCUCCCAGUCCAGCCGUGAGCUCCUGCUGGCCCUGUCCUGGCUCCUGGCCCGCGGGCCCCUGCUCGAAUCGCUACUGGCCCGGAAGCGGGUGCACCUGGGCGACGAGAUGCCCGCGUGCGAGUGUGAGGACCUAGCCUUUGGCAGGGCCAGCUCUGACUCAACUGAAGCCCACAAGGACACUGGCAGCCCUGUAGACGUCCGCCUUGUACAGUGGCUGAUGGGAAAGCUGCGGUUCAGGUGGCGGUACCUCAUCUCCAGCCAUGAGGAGCACUGUGCUCUCCUGAGCAAGAUUCACGAAUACACCCAGGACUGCCACAGCGACAGGCGCCUCGGCCAUCUGUCUGUUGCUGAAACAGAGCUUCUCAGGAACCCGGAGGGUGGCCAGGAGCUCCUGUGGACGCUGGAGCGUGAGAACGCCCGCUUGGAGGCCGCCCUCGAGUGGCGGCGCCUGGAGCCGGUCUUCUGGCAGUGGAUGGACACAGUCCUCACUGCAUGUCCUCCUGACAGUGGCUCACAACCCAUGUUUCUGCCCAGCAUCCAUGACCAAGGGGUUCAGGAGUUAGAGCUGGUGGCUCUGGAACUGCACGCACUGCAGGAGGAGCUACAUGCCAUCUUGGCAGCACGGCGGGCCUCCUGGAAGGUCCAGGUCCUGGGCCAGGGGCCUGAGUGGAGUGCUGCCAUGCAGGCUUCCCAGGAGGCCGUGGGGCAGGAGCUGGCAGCCAUCCAGCAGGCCUGGGAGGGUGGGGACCACCUGGCCCAGCCCCAUGGGCCACAUCGGCUGGUAAGGAGCAAGACCAGAGCUCCGUUGAGCAGGGGCCUGUGGGCUACUGAGGCCAUUGGGGCUCUGAGGAGGAAGGAGGCCUGCCUGGAGGCGGCGCUCUGCCAGCUGCAACAGCAUUGUCUGCGGGAGCUGACCAGGCUGAUGGGAGCACUGCCGGGCGUUGUCUGGAUCCCACCUAGUGGACACUGA